CCGUCUGAUUAAACUUCAUUAUUGAAGACGUUGCAAUAGUAUUCACAAGUUCUAAAGAUGCGACAAAUUCAGCAAAUUGUGUACAUUUUAUUAUAUUUACAAUUUUUCGUCCACAAUGUGUUCACAUUUAACACAUUCGACAUUUCAUCGAAAGAAAAUACCGGCGAUACAAGUGAUAUAGUGUUAAUUAAUGAGUGGGAAUGCACAUCUGAUGAUGAUUGUACGGCGAAAAGCAGCGUAUGCAGUGACCAUUUGUGUCAGUGCGAGCCUGGAUUCAUUUUUAAUGCCGACAUGACAGCCUGCGUUAGAAUUGCAACUGGAUUGUAUGAUUCAUGCGAGGAUACAGUACAGUGUUCGGCUUAUCUCCUCAGCGGUGCAAAAUGCGUGGAAAAUGUCUGCAUAUGUGGUCCCGGUUACUAUUAUCUUCAUGGUAGAUGUAAUCAAUAUGUCGGUUUGUUCGAGAAAUGUAAGCAAAAUAUAGACUGCUAUGUAAACGCCGAGUUUGAAGCAAGCACUUGUGACACGGUUGAAGAAAUUUGCAAGUGCAGUCCUGGCUUUUACCAGCGCGAAUAUCGCACUUGUCGGAGAGAAGGGAAAGCCGUCGGCGACGAGUGCACAGUUGAUAUCGAUUGUACCUUCGGUAAUGCGACGUGUAGUGAGUUCGUAUGCGCUGAAAAAUCCAAAGAUAAUAAAACCGUCGAGCUUUCGUCUGACGUUAUAUUGACUGAAAUAAUUUUGGAUGAAGGAACUUGGGUGGACAGUACUUGUACGACCGACGAGGAUUGCAGAGAAAUGAGAAAUGCCAUAUGUGGUCCUACUGGGACAUGCCGUUGUGACCGUGCAUAUUUCGCAUCCAGUACAAACACCGAAUGUAUCCCAGAACUCGGAGAGCCUUGUCAAAAUGACGACGUCAGCUACAUCGAGAAAUCCAUUUGUCGUGAAGGAAGAUGGAGUUGUAUGACAGGCACAGUUGCAUCUAAAGAUAAUCGCGAAUGCCUUAAUGUGACCAGAGAGUAUAUGGGAAAUUGUCACCUGGACGAGCAGUGUUAUAUCUUUGGUCCGGAUGCUAUGUGCAAUAAUAAUACAUGUGUGUGCAACGCGAAUGUUUCCCAUUAUGUGGAGAGCGAACUCUUUUGCUGGGGAAACACGGGGCCCGGUGAAACUUGCAAACAGGACCGAGACUGUUAUGUGAAAGAUUUCAAAGGCAAUUUAAUAUGUAACGAUACAUUGCAAUGUAGCUGCCCUGAUGACACGCGCUUAAGCAGAGACGAAAUGGCUUGUAUAGGACGUACAGGACUUAAAGGAUUUUGCGAAAUAAACAGUGAUUGUGCGAUACCGCAUUCCGUUUGUAACAACCAAGUGUGCACGUGUGCCAAGAAUUAUUAUGAGUCACACAAGAUGUGUUUGGCAGGUAUUAAUGCUGAUUGCACGAGUAAUAUGGCUUGCGCGCCAGACAAUGCCAUAUGUAUUUCAAAGAAAUGUUCUUGUAAACCGAAUUAUGUGUCUGUGUUUAUUGAUUUGUGCAUGCCAGUGUUAUCGUUUGGCGAACCUUGUUCAUUUGACGCACAAUGUUCUGCUGUGACAAAGGACGCAAUUUGUAGUACUCUUAAGAAGAACGAAACUGACACCGAAUCGACAACGGUAGCAGAAAGCAGAAUGUGUAUUUGUAGUACAGAGGAUCACUACAGAUUCGGUAGAUGUUUUAAGAAGAGAUUUCUUGGCGAAAAAUGCGUGAAUUUGGGCGAAUGUUACGGAAAUUACUACACUCAGGACAAAAUAGUUUGCAGAAAUGGGAUAUGCGCGUGCAUAUGGGGCUACAUACAAUCGGAUGAUGCCGUCUGUACGAAACAUCCUCAAAGUUCAAAAUUUUUCUUACCAGGUAUCUAACGUCGUGUCCAUGGGAUAUUUUUCACGAAUAUCUUUUAUACUUUUUAGUAAAUUCUUUUAGAUUUGUGAAAAAAGAUGCGAGACUUUUUGCAAUAAGAAAAAGACACAAAUAUUCUGUAAAAUUGAAUAAGUUUGCGCUGUUUGUUGUUACUUACAAAUAAUAUACUCACAAAUAAUAUAUUUUAUAGAAAAUGUAUGGCAAAAGUAAGAAUUUGACAACAGAUUGCUUUUUAUUAAUGAAGUCAAUGAUGUAUACACAUGUAUAUAUGUAUAUAUAUGUGUGGUGUGUAUCUAUAUAUAAAACUUUUGUUAAAAUUUAAAAAAUUAUUGACAAAAAAGAUGACACAGAAAAUGUCAUUACGUUCUAGUCUAUUGAGUCAUAGCCAGGCAGCUGUCCAUUAAUUGCAAAUAUGCUAUAACAUACGGUUAGGUCAUUUAUGCGUGAUAUGCACAGACGGAAAAUGUAACUGUACAUAGGCGUGUGAUUUGAAUACCGUUAUUUCCGGCGAUAGAGAUUGAUUAAAGAAAAACUGCGUACUUCCGCCAAAUGUGAUAAGGAGCCAAAUAACCGGCACGCGAGCCGCGUCGGCUGUGCUCAUUAUGACCAUUGCUACUGAGCGAGCAACGCUCGCUUAAAGUACGCUUUCAAUGACGUCAUUAAUGUAUUUAAGGCAUUGUGACGUCAUAAAAAUAGGGAGAGGAGAGGUCAAGGUAUUCUACUCAGGUAUAUGUUCUUUGUGCGAUCGACCAGAGCUCUUACCAAAUUGGAAACUAGAAUACGUCAGAAAAAAAAAGUAUGUCAGAGCUCAUUGUAAAGGAAAUUUUUAGUGAUUAUUAAUGGUUCUAACUCAAAUGUUAUUUGCUAAAAAUGUUUAAUAUAAUAUAAACUUUAAAGUAAAGUAUCACACCAAUUUGUAAAAAUCUUUUAUUUAAUCUAUUAGGUUGUGAAUUGUCCGUCACUGUCGGUAAUAAAUGGCUCGAAUAAGA